AUGGCUGCGUCCGUGCUGGGGCGCUGGAGGCCCUUGCUGGCCGGUCGGGGAUUCUGGUCCCGCAGAAACUGCGCCUGCAAUCGGAGCCCGAAGAGGAAUUUCGCUUCGGAGAGGCAGUCUCGGAACCUCCUGUAUGAACACGCGCGUGACGGCUACAGCGCGCUGCCCCAACUAGACAUGGAGCAGCUCUGUGCAUGCCCCGAAGAGGCCGCGCGCGCCCUAGAGCUCCGCAAGGGGGAGCUGCGGCCAGCUGACCUGCCUGCGAUCAUUUCAGCAUGGCAGGAACUGAAGCAGCUUCAGGAACAGAUCCGGGACCUGGAACAGAAGAAGGGAGCAGUGGCUGAGGCUGUGCGAGCCCUGCUGGAAAAUCAAGACAAGACUCAAAUACAGCAGGACCCCCAGUAUCAGCAUCUGCGGGCAUGUGGCCGGGAGAUCCGGAAGCAGCUUAUCACCUUGUACCCCAGGGAGGCCCAGCUGGAGGAGCAGUUCUACCUCCAGGCACUGAGGCUGCCCAACCGGACCCACCCCGACGUGCCUGUUGGGGACGAGAGCCAGGCACGAGUGCUCCAUGUUGUCGGAGACAGGCCAGCUUUCUCCUUCCAACCCCGGGGGCACCUAGAACUCGGUGAAAAGCUGGAUAUCAUCCGUCAGAAGCGCCUAUCCCACGUGUCUGGCCACCGUUCCUAUUACUUGCGCGGAGCUGGCGCCCUCCUGCAGCAUGGCCUGGUUAACUUCACCCUCAACAAACUCGUCCAGCGGGGCUUCACCCCUAUGACAGUGCCCGACCUUCUCCGAGGAGCUGUGUUUGAAGGCUGUGGGAUGGCAAUGAAUGCCAACCCAUCCCAAGUUUACAACAUCGACCCCUCUCGCUUCGAAGACCUUAACUUGGCCGGGACAGCAGAGGUGGGGCUGGCAGGCUACUUCAUGGACCACGCUGUGGCCUUCAGGGACCUGCCAGUCAGGAUGGUUUGUUCUAGCACCUGCUAUCGGGCAGAGACAGAUACAGGAAAGGAACCUUGGGGGCUCUACAGAGUGCACCAUUUCACCAAGGUGGAGAUGUUUGGGGUGACAGGCCCAGGACUGGAGCAGAGUUCACAGCUGCUGGAGGAGUUCUUGUCUCUACAGAUGGAAAUCCUGACAGAGCUGGGCUUGCAUUUUCGAGUUCUGGACAUGCCAACCCAGGAGCUGGGCCUUCCUGCCUACCGCAAAUUUGACAUUGAGGCCUGGAUGCCAGGUCGUGGCCACUUCGGAGAGGUCACCAGUGCAUCCAACUGCACAGACUUCCAGAGCCGCCGUCUCCACAUCAUGUUCCAGGCGGAGGAGGCCGGAGGGCUACAGUUUGCACACACAGUGAACGCAACAGCUUGUGCUGUUCCUCGUCUCCUGGUCGCCCUCCUGGAGAACUAUCAGCAAAAGGACGGCUCGAUCCUUGUGCCCUCCGCCCUCCAGCCCUACCUCGGCAUGGAUUGCAUCACGGUGCCUGCCCACGUGCCUCUGCGGUACAUCGGCCCCAACCAGCCCCGGACCAACCAGCCCAUCUCCCAUACCAGCUUGUCUUGA